UGUUGUUGUGUUAGUGGUAGUUGUUGUUGUGUUAGUGGUAGUAGUUGUUGUUGAUAGUUGCAGUAGUUGCGUGUUAGUGGCAGUAGUUGUUGAUAGUUGCAGUAGUUGUUGUGAGUAGCAAUGACUGUGGUUACUGCAGUGGUUGUAAUAUAUGGUAGCAGUGUAUGAUAUAGUGUUACUCUACAUCCUGAGACUUGUUACAUGCAGAAGUGCACUUGUAAACUGCAGAACAUUAGAUACUUAUUGUGAGGAUAAUGUCCGGCGUUACAGAUGUUCAGUCGAGGACGAAACGAGAUAGGCUGUUACUCCUGUGGAGGCAACACAGUGGUCGUAUCUGGAGGACUGUUUCCCUGGAGGCAACACAUUGGUCGUACCUGGAGGACUGUUUCCCUGAAGGCAACACAGUGGUCGUACCUGGAGGACUGUUUCCCUGGAGGCAACACAUUGGUCGUACCUGGAGGACUGUUUCCCUGAAGGCAACACAGUGGUCGUAUCUGGAGGACUGUUUCCCUGGAGGCAGCACAGUGGUCGUAUCUGGAGGACUGUUUCCCUGGAGGCAACACAGUGGUCGUAUCUGGAGGACUGUUUCCCUGGAGGCAACACAGUGGUCGUAUCUGGAGGACUGUUUCCCUGGAGGCAACACAGUGGUCGUAUCUGGACGACUGCUUCAGAAGCACCCACACAUUACGUCAUGGUGUUUUUCCGCAGACCGGAAGCAUCAUCACUCUCACGAACCCAUCAGCAGACAAGUGCAUGACUCAAGAACGCAUGAGGUUAUACGAGAUAAAGAAACAGCUGACUUGAUAAAGCGGGUGCGACAGCUUGCUUGGGAAGCAAUAGGCAUCAAGACCCCGCAGACGGAGGGCGGAAAGGAGACAGAGACGGGUAAAGGUCAACUGCUGCUUACACCAGAAACCAACACCACCUACAACCCCAUCAACCACCCACACCGCUUCAGCUUCAUCAACUCCAGGAAAAAACUGAAUCUGACCGGCCCGAAGGUGAACGCAAUCCCAGAUUUGGUGAGAUGGCAUCACCAGCCGCGGAAUGUGUGUCCCAAAGAUGAGGUGGGCCCUGAGGGUGAGGUGGGCUCUAAGGGUGAGGUGGGCCCUAAGGGUGAGGUGGGCCCUAGGGAAAAGGGUGCCCCGCUGGUGCUGGCCCUGGUCAUGACCGCCCUCACCAGCAGAGACAGACGUGACUUCAUUAGGAGGACUUGGGCCAACUCCACCUGGUACCCGCACUCUGGUCUCAGGGCUGUGUUUAUGGUGGGGUCAACGCUGGACCCUGAACUACAGGCUGCCCUGGAUGCUGAAGCUGCCCAGCACCAUGAUCUGGCUCAGUACAACUUUAUAGACUCCUACGAGAACCUAACAUACAAGACACUGGCCAUGUUUUUUUGGGCCGCCUCCUACUGCCCUGAUGUUCCCUUCAUCGCUAAGGUGGACGACGACGUGUUGGUCAACCCCUUCCACCUGAAGAAGUUCCUCCUGAAGCAGCUGCAUGAGCCAUCCAAUCCUGCGGACCUGAAGCCUGGAGACGAGGUGUUGCUGCCUAAUAACAUCAGCAGAGCCGUGACAUAUUAUGGCCGCUUCGACCCUAUUGCCUAUCCCCACAGGUCCGGCAAGUGGGGCGUGUCUAAGGAUGAGUACCCGGAGGAGAAGUAUCCGUCAUUCGUUCAUGGACCGGCUUACCUGGUGGGGAGUUUGGCUUGGCAACAGCUGUUGAAGUACACCCCCUACGUGCCGUUCCUCAAGCUGGAGGACGUUUACAUUACCGGCCUCGUCGCCCACGCCGCUGGGAUCAAGCACGUCCAGAUCAUAGGCGUCAUCAACACUUUUCAUGCCAAAUUUGAGUUCUUCAGCGGCACUCAGGCCUUCCUGGAGAAGAACAAAGAGGAGAACAGAGAGACGGGGUGGCAGGGCGUCCUUAAGAUCUCCCCCUGUCUAAGACGACUAUAG